AUGCUGCUUACAGGUCGAGUAUUCCAGCAGCUGCUGAUUUCGCUCACUUUAUCGAUACUGUGCAAACAAUCAUCCGCAGCAACCACCGCGACCCCGACGUUUGCCACGACUUCAACGGCCUCGACGACGACUUCGACCGGUAUCGCAACCCACACUAUUCAAGUAGGGCCAAAAACAAGCCCUCAUCAGUAUGUGCCUCAUAGCGUCACCGCUAAUGUUGGCGACAUUGUAAUAUUCGAGUUCUAUCCCACAAAUCACUCGGUUGUAAAGGCGGACUUUGAUGCACCAUGUGUUCCCGCUAGUGCACCUAUCUUUUGGUCGGGCAUGUUCCAUUCUUUCAAUGAAGAGGAUGGCCAACUUAUCGGGCCACCACCCACCUGGUCACUGGUUGUCAAUGAUACCAAGCCGACAUUCUUUUAUUGCACCGCCAUAGGCUCGUGCCUCGAUAAUGGCAUGGUUGGUGUCAUAAACCCUAACGCCACUCGAACGUUCGAAGAACAAUACAAACGAGCUCUCACAUAUCCAUACAUGCUGGUGCCGGGCCAGUCUAUGCCAGCCGAGGGAAGUGAGGGAGGCACAAGCUCAACAACCAGGCCCACCACGAGCAGCACUACUACCAGCGCAGCAGCAAGCGGUGGCUCCCAUGGUCUCAGCGCCGGCGCUAUCGCAGGCAUCGUGGUAGCAGGUGUGGCCUUCGUCGCAAUUUUAGUGGCCUUGUUUUUCGUACUCGGUCGCCAGCGCGUGUACAGUCAGUGGGUGUCAUCACAAGAUGGACGAACCGAACGCACCGCACGGUGGGCCAUGUUUGGCCAUGGUCAUGGCCACCCCACUCCAUCCGAGCCUCACAGUCGUAAGAGUGAGCUUGAUGCACCCAAGGCUACGCCGACGGACACUGUCUUUACCCACAGCCCUGAUCCAAAUCGCAACACCUUCUCAAGUACUCCAGAUGGUUCCACUUAUGGACAAAUGUCGCCGCCUAUUUCAAGUGGUUGGAUAUGGGAUGCCAAUAACGUGCGCGCUAGCCCUGGGCCCACUGAGCUGGAGGCAAGCCCUAUGCCGCAUCAGCUGUCCGAGACCAGAGAUUAUCGGUGA